AUGCCUCAUUAUUCAGUGAAACAAGUGUAUCAAAAGCUAGUUGGAGAUAGACCUAAGGUGCAUUGGGAUAAACUUGUGUGGAAUAGGCUUAGUACUCCCAAACACAGAUUUAUUGCUUGGUUGGCAAUUCAAUCCAGAUUGCAAACUACAGCUAAGUUAGCUGGUAUUGGCAUCAGCAAUUCCUCUAGCUGUCUCAUUUGUGGCCAAGGUGAUGAAACUCAUCAACAUCUGUUUUUUGAGUGUUCUUAUAGCAGGCAAUGCCUGACAGAGUUGAAAACAUGGCUGGAUAUUAGAAUUGCAGCAACUGAUCUCCACCUUCUAUACAGAUCCAUCAGACAUGGCAGAAGCUCUAAGUUUAGAAAGCAGGUUUAUCUUGCUGCUAUUGUAGCAGUGGUUUAUCUCAUCUGGAAAUGCAGGAAUUCAGUGUUUUGGGAUUGUUGUAUCCCUACUGUCAAGAGUACUAUAGGUGCUUUAAAGCAAGCAGUGAGAAGUAGAAUUCAGAUAGUUAUGCCUAAGUAUGUGAAUAGGAAAGAUUGUAAUUGGUUUGUGAACUUGUAA